AUGAAAAAUGCUGCCCGAUCAGAUACUGUAAACAUGUCUGGACCUGUAAAAAAAUUUAAGGGGCACAGCAAAAAAACUCCUCCUGAUAUGCAGAAAUACAGUUUUCGCGUCCGCUUCUGCGCUGGCCGCGGAGCGGAGCCGGAGCCGGCGGGCGAAGAGCGAGGGGCGGAGCUGGCGGGAUGUGGCCGCGGGCGUGGAGACUGUCGGCAGCAGGGGGACCAUGAGCCGGUCGCUAGGGGCCGCGGAGGGCAGACGGUCGCGGACGCGCAGCCGGCUGGUGCGGGCCACAGGCCGAGGCGGAGCCGGCCCGGUGCAGGACGGGCAAGGCUGCAGCCAGCACGGGUUGAGUGCUCGCUCGCGUGGGUGUCGGAGAUCCGGGCACCGGGGCAGAAGACGCGGAUAUGGCUCGGCUCCCACUCCACCGCCAAGGCCGCCGCGCGCGCCUACGACGCCACGCUGCUCUGUCUCAAGGGCGCAUCUGCCGCCGCCGACGUCAACUUCCCCGUGCGCUUCCCCUUCGACCUCCCGGCCGCCACCAUGUCGCCCAAGUCCAUCCAGCGCGUCGGCGCAGCCGCCGCCGCCGCCGGGGCCAGCGCUUAUGUGUUCGACCUCGCCGGUGCGGACGACAGUGCUAGCGCUAAUGCCGUCGACUUUACCAGUGCCGACUACAGCGCCAGUGCUGUCACCCCGGAGUACUACAGCUCCUCCGGCGAUGCCUCGCCGGUGAGCUCCCCGGAGACGGCUAGCAGUGGCACCGCCGACCUCGACGGCCUAGACCUCCUGUGUCACUGUAGCCAUCGGCCGUCUAGCCGCUGCCAACCCCGCUGCCUGCUACAUGUUCGACGAAAUGCCAGGGCGAACAUGGCAAAGUGCGUCAAGCCACCCGUUGGGUGCACAUGCAGACUCAAAUCAAAAAGUGGACGCCGUUGUCCGUUUCAUCGACCCAAAUGGACAAAAAACUGACAAAAUGCAUGUCUGUUUGGGUCGGCCCGUUGGAGUUGCUCUUAUCAAGCUCUCUCUUCACGUAUUUUCUAUACACAUAAUAAAGAUUGAGAGCAUUCCGAGAGAAAGAAAACAUCAUAGA